AUGUUAUGCCGCAGAUUACAAGAUCUAACUUAUUGUAUAUCAUAUAAUGUCAAUUUUUUAAACGAUAAAGCACACGGAGCAAAGCAAUUCCGGAAGAGGUACACAGUACUGGAGGAGCUUGGCCGGGGUGGAUUUGGGAUUGUUUACAAAGCGGAACGUAAUGAAGAUAACGCUGCAGUGGCUGUUAAAUUCAUUGAACAUAAACGAGUCAGAGAAUGGACUAUGAAAUGUAAGCAGUUAAUUCCAACAGAAAUUUGCUUACUGGAUAUGUGUCGUAGUGUCCCGGGCGUAGUUCAGCUAAUUGAUUGGUUUGCCAAUUCGAAAGGAUUUCUGGUAGUAAUGGAGCGGCCGGAACAGUGUUUGGAUUUGUUCGAUCUAAUUUCAGUUUAUGGUUAUUUGGAUGAAGAUAUUGCACGAUCGAUAUUUGUGCAGAUAUUGAAUACAACUUGCUUGUUAUAUAACACAUAUGGUAUUUUCCAUCGAGAUAUCAAAGAUGAGAAUAUAAUCAUUAAUAUGGAUACGGGCGAAGCCAUCUUGGUUGAUUUUGGUGCCGCAGCACUCAUUUCUGAGGCAUGCAUCAAAGAAUUUCAAGGUACACGUUCGUACUGUCCACCAGAAUGGUUCAAACGCUUAACAUAUAAGCCAUUAGAAGCAACUGUAUGGUCUCUAGGUAUAGUUCUGUACGUUAUGGUAUCUGGUUGUUUGCCUUUUCAGAAUGAAAUACAAAUUUGCUUAGGCAGAUUUGCCAUUCCAAAGCAUAUCUCAAAAGAUUGUGAAAAUUUGCUGCGUCAAUGUCUUGCAGUCACACCGUCUAGACGACCGGAAUUGCUGGAAAUUUUCAAGCAUCGAUGGUUGAAUCAACCUAUUGCUGUGCAUUCGGAAUCAUUCAAGGUCGUACUUCAACGACAUUUUCAAAAGAAGAAAGAAGCACAAGGUCGAUAUAAGCUACAACAGUGUGGAAUUCAAGAAAAUAGCAAGAAGAGCGCUAUUGCCGACGAAAGUGCUAACACAAACGAGUUCAUUACAAAGAAAAACGCUUUUACAAGUUGUGACAUUUCGGUUGACGACAAUCUCUCCGCCAUUUAUGCUAUUUCACUGCAUAAUAUUUGCGUACAUGUGAUGUUCUUCUGCAGAUCAAUGCUAUCUCAUACCAACAGCGCUUUCAAUUCCAACUUAUUGAAAAAACACCGCCACCAUUCAAGUUAUGAUAAUGUUGUGAUGAAUAUACGAACAGAUAUAUUCACUUCACGAAAUUGUUAUGAAGAUGAUAAUAAUGUGUUAAUACGUCCAAGUUCUAUUGCGGAGGAAUCAGAAUACAGUGAUUCUCCAUUUUGCUCAGCUUAUGAAUCGAUUUCCAUGAUUAGCACUGAUCCACAGAAUUCCGAAUCAUAUGUCACUGCUUUAGAGGAUGACAGAGAAUGUUCUUUCCAAAGAUCGAAAGAAGCUACUGCAAUUGAACAUUUUAAUAACUCCUUUCGUGAUAAUAGUAAUGCUAACAAUCACCGCAAGGAAGAAGUGGUGCAAGCAAACUGCCCAGACAGGCCUGUGGAGAAUAUCUAUCCACAGAAAGUAAUGAAUUCUAGGCUUGUAGCAAAGCAUUGGCUUCAGAAUGUAGCAAUAAGAUCUAAAUAUGGAUCUCUAAAGUUGCAAAAGCCUUCAAUUUGUCAGGAAAAAGGGGAACUACAAAAAGAAGCAAAUGCUAGCAGUAAUUUAUUAAGGAUAUUUAAUAUUGAUUCACGACGAUCCUCAAAUCCUAGUAUUUUCCAAAUAAAUUAA